UAUCCACGUUCCGGAGCAUCUGUGCUUCAGGAAAAAUAUGACCUGAAAAUGUGUCUAUAAUAUCAUAGCAACACACAACCAAAUAACAUAUUUGGCUGAGCAACUCCAUCCUGGCUCGGGCUGACAGAAUCUCAAUUGUGUGGGGGUGAUUAAGCCAGUUAUGGCUCUCAGGAGAAAACCGGGAACCAGAGCCAUCGUCUCUGAGCUUAACCCUUUAGCAUCCAGCACUGUGAUCGAAGAAAGUGAAAAGCUCUCUGGAGAUGGAGAAGAUCCAAAUCCAGAUGAGCCUGAGCCCAGCAACGUGGACGUCCAACCACCCUCACCCACUCCAGGAAGAUUUUGUCUUAGUGAUGGCUCUGGGGAUGAGUUCAUCCAUGGAGAAAGCCCUCCUGAGCCCGACAGCAUGGAGGAGGACUCGUUGUCCGAGUAUGACAAUGUAGGAUCUGGGGAGGAGGAAGAAGAGGAAGAACACGAUUAUGAGGAAGAUGAGGAGCUGCAAACCGAAGCUGACAGGAUGACCUACUAUGUCCAUUGUUGCCCUGAGGAUGAGAGUUACAUGGAAGGAAUGGACUGUCAUGAAGGAGUGGACAGUGCUGAGUGUCCCACCACGUCCCGGGACAUCAAAGAGAGCUGUAAAGCAGAAGAGGCCUGGGGGCACUCGGAAGGCUGUAACAAAUUAGUGCAGCAAGACACGACAGCGUUGGUCUACAAACGACCAGAGCCUAUUACGGAGACAACCUUUGUCCAAGUCCCCAUGGCUGAAGAUGAAGAGGAUGAAGAGGAGACAGAGGAAGAUGUGGAAGAGGAGGACAGUGAAGAUGAAGACGAUGAGUAUUUCCUCUACGAAGGGAAAGAACCAGAGGAGAACAAUAAUGACAUCCGACAUAAAGACGAUUACGACUUUCCACAAGAUAGAAGCCGUUCCCAAGAAUCCCAUGUUAAAGUCGGACAAGGAAAUGACACGAUUAGUGACUAUAGAAGAUACCAGGACUUCCCCAAACACUCAAGGGAUGUUAAUCCUAGGUCAAGUUGUACUCCUAGGGAUGGAUUGGAAAGGGUUAGAAAAGAGUAUCCUACAGAUUGUCCAAAAGAUUGUGAUGUCACUGUGGCCAGAGGAAUUAGAGGAGACCCUACACAAAGCUCCAGAUAUAGAGGACACAAAGUUGAGAGGGCACACAACAGAGACACUGCUUACCAGGAGGGUAGUAGCGUCACUGAAAAAAUUAAAUAUGCAGAUCCAGAGGACAGAGGAGUUUGGGGAAAAAAGUAUUCAUUUAGAGAGGACAACAGGAACAGAGAUACAAAGCAUUUACAUGAGCAAAGUAGAAGUCCUGGAGACAGCAAAAACAAAGGACAUGAGCAUCCUGUUUGUAGUCAUAAACCGAAGGGUGAAAGAGAGAGCUGUGGAGAUGUUAAUGAAUAUCAAAUUGAGAACCAAGUUAAGUCCAAACUGAAAGUUACGCCACAAAAUUCAGGAAGGGACAAAAGUGGACCUCAACAAACAAAUCAUGGAAGAGGGGCUCUUGAUAGUUCCAGGGCCUCUGGAACAUCAUCAUGCAGGAGAAGCAGCCAACCCAGAGUCCAUUUUAACACACCUAUACAAUGGCCAGACAAACAGAUCCAUAAAGAUUUGGACAAACCCAUUGAAGAGAAGAAGAUAAGGCAGAGUCAGGAACAGGUUUCUCCGAGUACUCCAGAUGACAAUAGUACAGGGACACCAUCCAGACAAAAGAGACCAGCAAGUAACCUAACUCCGCCAACCCAGAGAAAUCCCUCUUUCCCAAGCUUUGUGGAUAUCCCGGGUCCAUGUGAGCCAGAGGAUCUCAUUAAUGGUAUCAUCUUUGCUGCAAACUACCUCGGCUCAACUCAGAUGCUCUCUGAUAGAAACCCAUCUAAAAGUGUACGCAUGAAACAAGCGCAGGAAGCUGUAGACUCCGUUAAGUCUGUAGAGGGGGAAGCUCAGAGCUUGACAGAGGUUGAUCUGUUCAUUUCAACAAAAGCGAUCAAGGUGCUCAAUGCUGACACACAGGAGACGAUGAUGGACAACACCCUCCGCACCAUCUCAUAUAUUGCAGACAUUGGCAGCGUGGUGGUUCUGAUGGCUCGCAGGCGUCUGUCUAACUCCUCCUCACUCGACUGCACAGAUUCAGACCUCAGUGCAGAGAGUCGCAAGCAGUAUCGGAUGAUGUGCUAUGUGUUCGAGUCAGAGGAUGCCCAGCUCAUCGCUCAGUCCAUCGGUCAGGCAUUCAGCAUGGCCUAUCAAGAGUUCCUGCGAGCCAAUGGGAUCAACCCCAAAGACCUGAGCCAGAAAGACUACAGUGACAUCCUGAACACACAGGAGAUGUAUAAUGAUGACCUCGUUCAUUUCUCUAAUUCUGAAAACUGUAAAGAGGUUCAGCUAGACAAGCAGAAGGGAGAGAUACUUGGUGUGGUGAUCGUGGAGUCGGGCUGGGGCUCCAUCCUGCCCACCGUCAUCUUGUCCUGCAUGCUGAACAACGGCCCUGCUGCCCGUUCGGGCAAACUCAAUGUGGGCGAUCAGAUCAUGGCUGUCAAUGAUACCAGCCUGGUGGGCCUGCCCCUCGCCACCUGUCAGGGCAUCAUCAAGGGUUUGAAAAAUCACAUGCAAGUAAAACUGAGUGUGGUGAGUUGCCCUCCUGUUACAACUGUCCUCAUAAAAAGACCAGACCUGCAGUACCAGCUUGGCUUCAGUGUUCAGAAUGGCAUAAUCUGCAGUCUAAUGCGAGGUGGGAUUGCAGAGAGAGGAGGGGUGCGUGUGGGGCACAGAAUAAUUGAGAUAAACGGACAGAGUGUGGUCGCUAUGGCGCAUGAGAAAAUCGUCCACGCCCUGUCAGUGUCUGUAGGAGAGAUUAAUAUGAAAACUAUGCCAGCCGUCAUGUUCAGAUUGUUAACUGGCCAAGAGACUCCGGUGUACAUUUGAGGAAUCAUAAAAAUAGGAACUUUUGCGGGGUGACAUUGAAAUAGAUUACAACUCCAUUGCAAAAUACAGAAAUAUAGCUCAUAUUCAAGAGCUAUCUUGCUUCAUGUGGCUGUAUACUGCAUGUAAAGAUGUAUUUUUCAUUACAAUGAGCAAAAACACACACACACACCCACACAAAGGAAAUUUAAAGUUAUAGUUCACACAAAUCACAUUUCUGUCAGUAAAACACAAUUAUGUUGUUCCAAAUUUGUAUUUCAAUGAAUACAAUGGAAUCGUACAAUGAAAGUAAAUGGUGACUGAGCCUGUAAGAUUAGAGCAUUUCAUUUUGGAGCAAAUUCACUAAACAGUUGUGCCACUUUUUUGCGCAUGGUAUUUCAGUGCAAAAACCUGAAUCUUAUUCACUAACCACUAGAGGUAGACCAAUAUAUCGUUUUUACCGAUUAAUUGGUGCCGUAGUUGCUUUUUGGAACCAUCGAUUAUGUGCAAAAAUCUGUCGAUAGUUGCUGAUAGUCUUUCUUUGAUCAUUUAGUCAUUUCAAAAUAAGAGUCCCCGGUGUGUUUCUGCUUGUUUAUACUUAAAAGUCCCGCGUUAUGCAUCAAAUCUGAAUUUUUUCUGGUUAUUUUUAGGAUUUUGGUUGAAAAAAAAACUGCAAAUGGGAUUUUAUAAAUUUUUGACUCUUUGUCUUUGCCCGCCAUAAUAAAGAAAGAAUAAGAAAAAAAUUUGACAUUCUAUACACACAUUUUAAAAACUAUCGGCCAAUUAAUCGGUUAUCAGCCUUUCCCACCACCUUAGUUAUCGUAUUGGCAAAAUCUACUAUCGGUCACCCUCUACUAACCACCCAAAAUCUAGUUUUAGAUCAUAUCAGCAGUACUGUAACUCGUCAAAUAAUGAUAAAAUGAUGGAGAAGAGCGUUACAACCUGGCAUAUAGGGGUAUGCAGCAAAGCCGUUAUAUGUAUCUGUAUCUGUUGCAAUGGCAAAAUUAUCUUAAACCGGAAGCGCACCAAAGUGAAAUGAAACCUCAUUUUAAAUGCGACCAUAUUCAUUUGAUAGUUUCCAAAUAACAAAUAUGCCUAAUAUAAUUCAUUCAGUUAUUUCAUCUUUUCAUUAUUGUUAUUAUUAUAUUUAAUUAUAUACUUUUAUUCUUUUUUCGGACAUGAUAAAGCUGAUUAUUUAUUGUCAACUGUGGAUUUCUCUCCCUCAUCAUCCAUAUUGUUAAAAAAAAAAAGCUAAUAUAAAAAAUAUACUACAAAACAUUUGUUUGAAGCAGAAAUAAACAACAACAGCGUGACUUCUUAACAGCACAAUAGUAGGGCUGCGUAAUAUUGCUACAAAAAUGUCUGUAUUUUUCAGCCUAUACGAUAUGUUUCUAUAUAAUUAUGUAUUUGCUUUGAAAUUAUUUUAAAGAGAUUCUUUUUUUAUUCUGAGGCCCCAUCAUUUCAACCAAACAGACAUUGUAGACAAGUAGAUUUAAAAUGUUUAAUGCAUAAGGUACUCUAUCUCCUAACAUAGGAAUAAGGCUUCGGGCACAACCCUACUGGCAUAUAUUCAGAUGCGCGGAGUAGUCAAGCACACUUUCGCCAUGUUUAAGCAUCUGGAUCACAGUAGUCAGAUUGUGUCAGAUCACAGCAGUCUGCUGCAUCCUCUGCUAUGUUGCGUUCAGAAUUGUCCCUAAAGAUAAGAAUUGCACGUGCAAAUUGUAUUCAGCAGCAAUUUUUGGCCAUGUUUACGCCAUUGCCUGAUUUGCAUAAUUUAUUUUGUGAAUCGGGUGCUAAACCAUUGCAGAUAACCGGUGUUUUUAUCUGCCGCAAUUCAUUCUUAGUGAAUUCCCCCCAAUGUGUUCAACAGAAGAAAGAAUAUAAUAUAGGUUUGGAGCAACAUGAGGAUGAUUAAAUAAUGACAGAAUGUUCUUUUUUUUUUUUUUUGUGAACUGUCCUUUUAAUGGGAUAAUUUUAUCAAAGAUGUGCUGUUAUUUGACUAUUAGUGAUUUAUUUUGGGAAUGUAGUUAUCAAAUACUUCCUCUUAUUGCCAGAUUAGAUAUCACUUGUUCAUCCAUUAGUUUGUGUAUACUGUAUGUUAUAUAGCUUUGUUUCAAGCCUUUGUGAAUUCCAUUGUGUACCUUAGAGUAACAAAAUACUGUACUGUAAAUUGAAAUAGAAAAGAUUCAUAUCUGUCCAGUUCAGUUCCUUUUUUGUUCAGCAUUGAACAAGCUCACCAUUAUGUUAAUAUUUUAAGUGCCUGCACUUCAAGUUAAUAAUUAAGCAGAUCAGUCACUUAUCAUCUUAUCAAUACACUAGGGCCUUAUCAAUACAUUUAAUUUCUAACAACAAUUAUUUGACAACCUUAAAGAUUAACAAAUGGACUAAAGCAUGCUAAAAUCCAAAGAAAACUGGUAACAUUUGCUAAAUAGGCUAUAUUUUAGUUGUUCUGGCUGAUUUCAGUGUCUAUGAUAAAUUAACCAGCUGUAUGGUACAAGGUAGGUACUGCACACUGUGAAUGAAACUUUCUGUAGAUAACUACUGUAGUUUAGCAUGCCUGAUAUGAAGUUAAAGUACUAAUUAGAAAACUGCUUGUUUAUGCAUGAUAUGAUAAUUAACAUUUAAUGAAUGAAUGAGUCUGAAUGGACAUUCUCUAAUGAAUGAAACACCAUUCGAAGGUCUGAUAUUAUUAUUUUUAUAUUUUAAUUAUGGUUAACUUAUGAUUAUUAUUAUUUUUUAAUCAACAUGAAAUUCUAAUUUAAAAAUGUUACCAUUCACAAAAUUUUAAUUCUGUAAGUAGGCAUUAAAAAAACAAUAACAAAAUAUUUUGCAAUUUGUUUGCUUUCAGGAUUGUAUUACUUUUGAAAUUCCAUAUUUAAA